AUGGCGUCCAAUUUUAUUGACGAGGACCCAUCUACUUCUAGCGUUAUUUCUCUGUUAUCUCAGCCAAACUCUAGUUCUUUUCAGAACUCUUGCACGAGUUUGGUUUCUGAGAUACCAGUAGAAGGUUCAUUUGAUGUGGAAAACGUUUGUCCGAACAGUAAUGUCGAAGGAAAUGUUGACAUCAAUCAGAGUGGAAAUGGCUGGACUCGAUCUCUGAUUAAUCCUCCGGCCUUUGAAUACGCGUUUAUUCACGAGCAUUUGGUGGAAAAUUCGGAGACAAUGCCCGAUAAUCGUCCUACUGGCGCCCAUCGCCACAAGAAAAUGGGAUGUCGCUUAUUUAAAGAGAAUUAUGUAAAAAAUUUUCGUGUCAAACCGAAUGUACAAGCCAACUCCAAACUCUUUUUGGUUAAGAGCCUUGUGUGCGCGUCCAUGAAACAGCAAUCAUACACUGUCUAUGUCCAUCUCUCCCAAACAGAUGGUAAGGUUGUAAAAGCAAAGUGUUCUUGCAAGGCUGGGGCUGGGGGGUGCUGUAAACAUGUCGCAGCUACUCUGUUUCAAAUACAUGACUUUGUGGAACUUGGUUUAAGUGUUGUCCCUGAUGACAAAAGCUGUACUGAUGUUUUACAGCAAUGGAAUGUUCCAAGAAAUAUGGAUACACACGGACCAUUACUAUUUACUGAAUUGAAAUUUGAAAAGGCUAACUUUAAAAGGGACAAUAAUAGUAAAAGGAAAAGACCUAUUGUGUCUGCAUCAAGAGAUGGUUACUGUGCUACCCCACCCAUGGCAAGGGAAAUAAGUGUUGAAAGGAUAACGAAAUUGAAAGAUAGUUUAACUGGUUCUAAUACUCUUCUUAGUUCAUUACUUUGUGACAGUGAUUGCAAACCAUGUACAAUAUUUCCAACUUCAUUGAAAACUCCAGUAAAUUGUGAUGAGAGUUUAAUCACAGUCGACCCAAGACAAGAGAUUUUUGAUGGCUUGGCACAAGAAAUUGAGUGGAAACAUGUCGAUGAACCAUGUCGCAGGUUUGUAACUGAUGUUGUCUGUGUGUCAAAGGAGGAGGUAAAGAUAAUUGAGAAAGAAACUAUGGGCCAAUCUUCCAAUAAGAAAUGGUUUAUAGAAAGACAAAAAAGACUCACUUCUUCUAACUUUGGCUCUGUGAUCAAAAGAAGAAUGCACAUUUACCCAAAAAGUAUUUUGAAAAAAGUACUUGGACAUGAAAGAUUGUCAACUCCAGCUUGUCACUGGGGAUUAG